AUUGAGUAUCAACAUCAUAUAGAAAUAAUUUCCUUCCCGGGUAAAAUCUAGGCGCAAAAGCACCAAACCGUUGCACCUCCACCACUUGUUUCCAUACCCAACUCUUCUCCUCUGCGGUCUCUGCUUUUGCAAUGGCUAUCGCAUCGUCCUCUCUUCCCUUCCUCAACUCCAAUUAUAUCUCAUCUUCUGCCCUUUCUAAAACUCGACCAUUCCUAGAAAGUCAGUCUUGGUUUCUUACCUGCAUCAGAACUAGACCCAAUUCUUUGUCCAUAACUAGAGCUAUCAAAACUGAUCUCAGUAAGGAGGAUAUUGUAAUAGUGGGUGCUGGGAUUUCUGGCCUUGCCACUGCACUGUCUCUCCAAAGGCUCGGAAUUCGGUCUGUGGUGCUGGAGCAGUCUGAAUCACUUAGAACUGGUGGAGCAUCACUCACCCUUUUCAAAAAUGGAUGGAGGGUAUUGGAUGCACUCGGAGUUGGAAGCGAUCUCAGAAGCCAGUUUCUUGAAAUUCAAGGGAUGGCUGUGAAGACAGAAGACGGAAGGGAGCUCCGCUCCUUCAGGUUUAAAGAUGAGGACGAAAGCCAAGAAGUCCGAGCAGUAGAGAGGAGAAUACUUCUGAAGACUCUGGCAAAUCAACUGCCACCAGAAGCAAUCCGUUUCUCUUCAGGGCUGGAUAAGAUUGAGAAGAGUGAGAAUGGAGAAACUGUCCUGAAACUUGUUAAUGGAACCCAACUACUUGCAAAGGUUGUUAUUGGCUGUGAUGGCAUUCGAUCUCCAAUCGCAAAGUGGAUGGGAUUCCCUGAGCCUAAGUAUGCAGGGCAUUCGGCAUUCCGCGGGAUAGGAUUUUAUGACAACGGGCAGCCAUUUGAACCGAGAGUAAAUUAUGUAUAUGGAAGAGGGUUGCGCGCUGGAUAUGUACCUGUUUCCCCAACAAAAGUUUACUGGUUUAUCUGCUACAACAGCCAGUCUCCAGGUCCAAAAAUCACUGAUCCAUCUGAGUUGAAGAAGCAAGCAAAGGAACUAAUCAGGAGCUGGCCUCCAGAACUGCUGAACUUAAUAGAUAUAACCCCAGAUGAAACGAUAAGCAAAACUCUGCUGGUUGACCGUUGGCUGUGGCCUGUUGUAAGCCCCUCUGCUUCAGUGGGAAGAGUUGUACUGGUUGGAGAUGCAUGGCAUCCAAUGACUCCCAAUCUGGGGCAAGGCGCUUGUUGUGCAUUGGAGGAUUCAGUAGUUCUAGCAAGAAAGCUUGCAAAUGCAAUCAACUCUGGACCUGCAUCUAUUGAAGAUGCUUUCAGGUCAUAUGGAAGCGAAAGGUGGCCCCGUGUCUUCCCGCUAACCAUCCGCGCAAAUCUCGUAGGAAACCUAUUGCAGUGGGAGGACCCAAUUGUUUGUUCUGUUCGGAACAAUGUUAUCAUACCUAAAUUUAUUAGGCUUGGACCGAUUUUGGAGCACACAAAUUUUGAUUGUGAACCUUUACUGACAACAGAACUCUGAAACUACAGGGCAACAAGGAGAUAUCAAGCAACAGAAUGCCAACAAAUUGAAGCCUCUCUAUAUGUUGUAUAGCUAUUAUUUUACAAACACAAUGUUAAUGCAAGGUCUAAGAACACAAUAACGACAGACAUAGAAUAAAAUUAUAAGCAUCAGAUGGAGAA